CUAAUAUUUAUAAUUUGGAUGCAAAGCAAAUAAGAAAUAAAUUACGACACAGCCAGUUUUCAUACAAUAUGCCAGAGAAAACAUUUACUAAAAGAUAUCACUUAUUUUUUAUAUAUAAUCGAUGACACAAUGAUUCUUACAAAUGUAUAAAUAAAUGUUCAUUUAAAAGGAACUUGAGUCUUAAUAACCUAAAUACUAUCUAUAAUUGAAUUUAGAAACUAAGAUUUUUUGGAGUAUUGAAAAGGACAGAUAACUAUCAUAAUUUGGGUUUGAAUACAAAGGGUCAGUCAAAUAUUUUGUUGGUAAAGAUGAAGAACUUAGGAAAUUGAAAUCUCAUUUAAGAAAUAGAGUCAUGUUUAAAGAUGUGAGUGAUUUCUAUUAACCAUUGAAAUUAUUAGGUAAGGGUGGAUCUUCGAAAGUAAACAUUUCUUUAUAUAUAAGGUGUAUCUAGUAGUGGAUAAGGAUAAUAAGUAAGAUUUUGCAUCAAAAUGUGUUGAAAAGAGAUAUUUAAAAGAAGAUGGAGGAUUUGUAUAAUAUUGUAUUUUAUUGUUAGUAAGCCUUAUUUAAUGAGAUAAAUUUAAUGGCCACAUUAGAUCAUGACUCUGUUGUAAAAUUGGAAGAAGUCUAUGAGGGAGAAAAUACAUUUUAUCUAAUUCUAGAACAUUUGAAAGGCAAUUCAUUACAUGAUCUUAUAAGUAGAGGAUAAAUAGGAUAAUUAAGUUGGGAUUAGAUUAAAUCUAUCCUUUGGGUAUUUUUGUAAUUUUUAGAUUUCUAGUAAAUAUUGACAGGAGUUUCAAGAAUGCAUUAAUUAGAAAUUAUGCAUAGAGAUUUAAAACCUGAAAAUAUCAUGUUUAAAGAAGUUAAUCAAAUAACUGGAUUGAGAAUAGUUGAUUUUGGAUUAGCAACAUCUACUCAUGUAACUAGUUACCCAUUUCCUAAAUGUGGUACACCAGGAUAUGUAGCACCUGAAAUAGCAAAUCUUAAAGAUUUGAGUUUUAAAUAUGAUAAGAUUUGUGAUAUAUUCAGUGUAGGAUGCAUAUUCUAUAAAUUGUAUAUAAUUAAUGUUUAAAUUAAUUAGAAUAACUUAAAAGGAUUUGUUUCCGGGAAAUGAUUAUCAUGAAAUAUUGAAGUUGAAUAAAAAAUGCAUAAUAAAUUUAGAUAAUCUAAGCAUAUAUAGAACACCUUAAGCAGCGAUGGAACUUAUUUAAAUGAUGUUAUAGAUUGAUCCAAAAUAAAGAAUCUCGGCUUAAUAGGCUUUAGAUCAUCCAUUUUUUUCGGGUGGUUUUACUGAUAGAAAAUUGAAAUUCUAAUCCUAAAAAAAAGUAUAAUUAUAGGGUAAAUUAUGGUAAACUUCAACAUUUAGAAUGGAAAAAUCAGAUAAAUUAUAAUUACCUGAAAUAAAAUAGAAAUCAAGAUAAAAAGAUGAAGAUGAAGUUGAAGAUGAAAAAAUUAAAAUAAAAGUUCCUAUAAUGAAUAGUCCAAGAUUGGCAUAACAUGCUAAGCGUAAAAAUUUAGCAUUAAAUGAUGGUUCACCUACAGAAAAUCCUAAGAAGAGUGCAUUUAAAAAAUUUUCAACUUAAGAAUUCGAUUAAUAAUCACCUGAUACUAAUUCACCAGAUUCUGCUAGAUAACAUCCAACAUUAAUAAUAAAUAAUAGUCCUAGACUUGUAUAGAAUUAAAUAUUAAAAAGAAAGUUUAAUCAUAAAAAUUAUCACUAACAUUAAGCAAUCUAUGAAGUAGAGGAUGAGCAAAAGAAUUAAUGAUUAAUUCAAAAAUUUGUGUUCAUA